AUGAUUUUCUACAGCUAUAAGGGAGGGCAUAUGAAUAGAAAAUUAAAAUGUACAAGAAUAUACCAGAUUAAAGAUUGGUAUGAUGAUGUAAAUGAACACUUUCAAGUGUAUCAUAGAACAUUGGCAAUCGAUAGAUACGUACAACACCCAAAUGCAACAUUGGAUACGUUAAAGAAACUAAUUGAGUCUCAACACACCGCUGAUCAAUGGUCAUUCUCUGGAAUGGAGUUGGCUUGUCAGAAUGAUCAUCUAGAUGUCAUCCAAUCGCUUGAUAAACACAAAAGUACGAUAUCAGCUGGUGCCAUUUACACUCUAUGCGCCUAA